AGUUUCUUUUUUAAGUUUAUUAAAAAGAUGUUCUUUUUAUAAUUUGAAGUCUGUGUCAGUUUCGGUUUUGUUUUCGCCUUCGCUUUUUUACUCCGUUGGUUUGAUAUGUAUAUUUUUUAUAUUAUUAUAUUAUCUUUCUAAAACACCGUGUUUCCAUACCAGCAUACAGUCCUUUCGCCCACAUUUUUGGUCCUUCUCCCUUAUUUUAUUAUAUUCAGUGAAUCAAUAUUCGAAAUUUUCAAAAAAAAUGGAAACACGGUCGGGUCGUAAACUGAGUUCGGCAAAUACUCGUACGGCAAUAGCGUUGCCCCUACCACCGUCGGGAGAGGAAACGCACCCUGAUGCCGCCGCCUCGGCGUCGGUGUCCACCGUACCACCGAUCGCAGUUAGUGCUCACAGCACAUCGACCUGCAGCCGCUCAUCAGCUACGGUUCGUGCUAAGAAGCUUGCAGCGGAAGCGCUACUCGCACAACGGCUCGCCAAGAUCGAGUUGGAGGCAGCCGAAGCACGUCGCCGCGUUGAGUUGGAGGUGGCGAGAAAGAAAUAUAAUGCAGAAAUUGCAGAAAUUGAAGCAGCCAGCUGUCGGGGCAGCCGAUCUAGUGAUCAUGCUAGUAUUGGUCGUAGCUGCAAUGAAGAUGUGGAUAAAUGCUAGCACACAGGAGUCCGGAGAGUCAAGUUCGCAUGCUGUAGACAAUAAUGCGGACCAGCCGCGUUCAGAAUUGGUGACUCAGACGUCUUCAGGUAGUACCACUGUUUCUCGUAAACCAUUAUUAAAGGUCGUCGCCGUCACAGUAUCGGGUCCAUCUGGUUCUGUUGAUACUUUCGCAUUACUUGAUGACGGGUCUACGGCUACCUUUAUUGAUGCUGAAAUAUCUUCUCAGAUAGGAGUAACGGGUCAAAUGGGACAAAUAGACUUACAGUGUGUGGGUGGUUUAUCAAAGGAAUCGGAAGUUCAAUACGUUGAUUUUCAAAUUAAAGGGCGGAAAUCAAUAAAAACUUUUGAUGUCAAACAAGCUAGAUCUAUUAGUAAUUUAGGUUUAGCAGAUCGUUAUGUUAAUAAAAAUGAGAUUAAUACUUUUUCGUACUUAUCAGAUAUAGCUGACGAGUUAUGUUAUGAUGCAAAACCUACCAUUAUAAUUGGUAUUGAUAAUUGGCAUCUAUCUGUACCUAUUGCGACUAGACAGGGAACUAGGUCUCAACCAGUUGCUAUUUUAACAGCUUUGGGUUGGGUUCUUUUCGGUUUUGUGUCAAGUAAAACGAAUGUUGUUCAUUUCGUAAAUAAUGUGUGUGAUUGCAACGCAGGUAGUGAUGCGUCUAUAGAAAAUAUAUUUAAAAUGCAAUAUCGUCUCGACUGUAUAGAUAUUAUGAGACAUGAAAAGCGUGAGGGUUGAUUCGAGGUUGGCCUUUUUGUGGAAAGCUAAUAAUUAAUGAUGCAGCCGCUAAAUCACAAGGAGUUAGUUUAUACGAUUUACUUUUAACCGGACCAGAUCUUUUGCAAUCUCUGCUUAAUAUAUUAAUGCGUUUUCGUGAGGAGAGUGUCGCGAUUAAUGGUGACAUUAAAGAAAUGUUUCCUCAGGUUAAAAUUUGUAACGCAGACCGAGAUGCACAGCGUUUUCCAAGGCGCGAUAGUCCUAAUGAACCUUUGAAAUUAUUUCGUAUGUCUUUAAUGAUUUUUGGCGCUGCAUCAAGCCCGUCCACACAGCUUUGUUUAUUAAAAUAAGAAUGCUGAUGAUAUUCAACAGCAGUUUCCUGAAAAGGUCCAUGUAAUCGUUCAUGACCAUUACAUGGACGAUUGCAUAAGUAGUGUAGAGUCUGUGGAAAGAGCUGCUCGUGCAAUCUCUGCUUAAUAUAUUAAUGCGUUUUCGUGAGGAGAGUGUCGCGAUUAAUGGUGACAUUAAAGAAAUGUUUCCUCAGGUUAAAAU